AUGGCGGCGCGGGUGCUGGCGAGGCCCUUCUGCCGAGGCACUGCCUGCUUUGGCAGGCCGUUCCGGCGGGAGGCAGGAGGCAGCCCGUGGUGCUGGCGGGAGCUCGGCGGGAGCUCGGUGCUUAGGAAAAGCCUUCAGAGGGGAAUUGCCCUUUCAACAGGGUCUUUUUUGGUUUAUGAAACUCACAAGCUGCUUUCUGGACUUGCUGAGGUUCAUGCAAGUUUCAAAGUGGAAGAGGUUAUAGAGCAAGCAGACUACCUGUAUGGGAGUGGAGAAACUGAAAAGCUGUAUCGGUUGCUGGUUCAGCAUAAAAAUAGCGAUGACGCAGAGCUGCUAUGGCGGCUGGCACGGGCAUCACGGGACCUGGCUCAGCUCAGUAGCACUUCUGCAGAGGAAAAAAGAAAGCUGGCCUAUGAAGCCUUUGAGUAUGCAAAAAAGGCACUUGAAAAAAAUGAAUCCAAUUUUGCAGCACACAAGUGGUAUGGAAUUUGCCUCAGUGAUGUUGGAGAUUUCGAAGGAAUCAAGACUAAAAUUGGAAAUGCCAUUAUUAUCAAAGAGCACUUUCAGAGAGCCAUUGAACUGAAUCCUAAAGAUGCAACGACAAUCCAUCUCAUAGGCAUCUGGUGUUACUCCUUUGCUGAAAUGCCAUGGUACCAAAGAAAAAUAGCUGCAACACUAUUUGCCACACCACCAACCUCCACAUUUCAAGAGGCUCUUCAUUACUUCCAUAUGGCAGAGGAAGCUGACCCAAACUUCUAUAGCAAAAAUUUGCUCUUCUUGGGGAAGACAUACUUGAAGUUAAACAAUAAAAAGUUGGCUCUGCUGUGGCUAAGCAAAGCAAAGGAGUAUCCCGCACAUACAGAAGAGGACAAACAGGUACAGAAAGAAGCUUUGGAGUUGCUUAAUUCUAUAUAACAAGAUAAUGGAAAUUCAGUGCUUCAGGGUUGAGCAGCAUAGGAAGAAGAGUUCAAAUAUGUCUUUGGUUUAUUAAAGCUGUUAAUAAAAGUGCAGCGUAA